UCCUCUCUCUCUCUCUCCCUCUCUCUGUGUCUCUCUCCUACUCUGAGACAGAGUCAGAACUCUUCUCCCUGACAGCCACAAACAUCUACAGUACUUAUUGCAUUCAGAGAGGGAACCUGCAAACAAAACUUCACAGAAAACUUUUGGUUCUUGUUCCAGAGAAUUUGCUGAAGAGAAGGAAAAACAAACAAACAAACAAACAAACUAAACCAGCCCCCCCCCCCAAAAAAAACUGUUCGUGAAGGGGGAGGAAAAGCAGGGCCUUUCAAAAAGGGAAUCACAACAACUUCUGCUGCCAGGAUGCCUUUGCUUUGGAAGAGAGGAUUUCUGUUGGUGCUUUGCUGGAUUAUAGUGAGGAGUUCCCCAACCCCAGGAUCCGAGGGGCACAGUUCAGUCACUGACUGUCCAUCAUGUGCCCUUGCCACGCUUUCAAAGGAUGUGCCCAGCUCACAGCCUGAGAUGGUGGAAGCAGUAAAGAAGCACAUAUUGAACAUGUUGCACUUGAGGGACAGACCUAAUAUCACCCAGCCGGUGCCCAAGGCAGCACUUUUAAAUGCCAUCAAAAAACUUCACGUGGGAAAGGUGGGAGAGGAUGGUUAUGUGGAAAUAGAGGAUGAUGUUGGAAGAAGAGCUGAAAUGAAUGAAGUUGUGGAGCAAACCUCAGAAAUCAUCACUUUUGCAGAAUCAGGCACAGCCAAGAAAAUGUUGCACUUUGAGAUUUCAAAGGAAGGCAGUGAAUUAUCAGUGGUUGAACACGCUGAAGUGUGGCUCUUCCUGAAGGUCUCCAAAGCCAACCGGAGCAGGACAAAAGUCACCAUCCGCCUCUUUCAACAGCAGUGGCAGGCAAAAGGCAACUCUGAAGGAGCAGAAGAUAUGGAGGAUGGGAGGUUGAAAGGUGAAAGGAGUGAGACUUUGAUUUCGGAAAAGGCAGUGGACACCCGUAAGAGCACUUGGCACAUCUUUCCUGUCUCCAGCAGUGUCCAGAGACUCCUGGACCAAGGCAAGAGCUCUUUGGAUGUGCGGAUUGCCUGUGACCUGUGCCAAGAGACUGGAGCCAGCCUGGUGUUACUGGGCAAGAAGAAGAAAAAGGAAGAUGAUGGGGAAGGGAAAGAAAAGGAACCUGGAGAAUUCACAGGAGAAGAGGAGAAAGAGCAAUCACAUCGGCCUUUCCUGAUGAUGCUUGCUCGGCACUCAGAGGACCGCCAGCACAGGCGGCGAAGACGAGGCCUGGAGUGCGAUGGCAAAGUCAACAUCUGCUGCAAGAAGCAGUUCUUUGUCAGCUUCAAGGACAUAGGGUGGAGUGACUGGAUCAUUGCUCCUACAGGUUAUCAUGCCAACUACUGCGAAGGAGAGUGCCCCAGCCAUAUAGCAGGCACAUCUGGUUCAUCAUUAUCUUUCCACUCCACUGUCAUCAACCAUUACCGCAUGCGGGGCCAUAGCCCCUUUGCCAACCUCAAGUCAUGUUGUGUGCCCACCAAGCUGCGGCCUAUGUCCAUGCUCUACUAUGACGAUGGCCAGAACAUCAUUAAGAAAGACAUACAGAAUAUGAUUGUGGAGGAGUGUGGCUGUUCGUAGACGCGUGUGUGUGCAAAACCCUUCUCAUUGGGAAGAAAAUGUAUCAAAAGCCCAAGAAGAGGAAAGACCGGACAUGGUAUAACCUUUUUUGAAUGAAACAAUCAUCAGAAAUAAAAGCAAAAACAAAAGAGAGAGAGAAAAGAGAGAGAGAAAAGAAAAAAAAAAACUACUAAUGGAGGAUUAGAGAAGACCUCAGAUAUAAAAAAGGAAGAAAGCUUCAUGAACCCGGGCUUGAAUAAGAUGCAUCUGAACAGCGGUAUGGGUUGGGGAUUUCCCCUUCCUUUCAGUAUGCUCCUUAUCUUAUUACAUAGUAUACUAAACAUUAGUUAUUACUAGGGGAGUUUUGUUCCCUCCCUUAGUUACCCAUCAGUUCAAGCCAUGGUAGCAGCUCAUCUGACUUGCAGCAAUUUGGACAAAGUCCAAAAUGUCAUUGAAAAGCCAUGUGUAUGAUCAAUACAGUCAUUAGUGCUUUCCCCCCGCAUUUACAGAGAAACUGAGUAGGUGUGUAGUGUUUGUGUGUAUAUAUAUAUAUGGUUAUGUAUUUAUAUACAUAUCUCUAUACAUACAGACACUAUACACAUACAUAUAUUUAACUGAUCAAGAACAACAAUGUGCAGGUGUAUACACCUUCAUCUUCUGCACUACAUCUACAAAAAAAAAGGAAAAAGGAAAAAAGAAAAAUGAAGAAAAAAACAGAAUAAAAAAUGAAUGAAAGAAUAAAAGUUACAUUCUGUAAAGGUGCUUACAAUGUUAGAACUAUGCAACCUAGUUGGUUUGAAACUGUUUACCUGCAAGAGAAAGAAAAAAAAAAUCAGAGAGACUUUUUUUAAAUGGAAGUAACUUGUUUAAAAAAAAAUUCUUUGGUGAGAGAUACUUGAAAGGAACAUGUUUGUCCAGUUACUGGAGUCAAACAUUUCUAUAUUUUGUAAAAAAAAUUUUUAAUCGUUUACUAUUUGCACUACAAUGGUGUCUGACCUGUCUAAUCCUUAUUUAACAAAUAUUUGCAAGGGAGGGUGGUUGGGUGUGGGAGGGGUUGAGAGCUGCACUUAUUGUGAGCUAUACAAGAACUGCUACAGCACACAAAAUAGCUAUUUUUAUUAUUAUAAUAAUUAUUAUUAUUUUGUACCUUAAAAUGAAUAGACACAUACACCAAAGACAUUUGUGCGAGCCUCUAAAAAGUCUGUUUGUGGUUGGUACCAUUCACCUGUAGUAAGUUAGGGUUUGAAUUAGGGGUCAGUGGGUUGAUUACAUUCAGGCUAGAAUCUCUGUUAACCAGUUAAAUUCAAAUAGUGCCCUCAGCAGAAAAUUGCCAUGUAAAGUAAGCCCAGAAAAUCCCUGGGAUUUGGAUCCAAUGUGCUCGGAUCUGAGGUACAUCUAAGCAUAACUGUACUCUUUUGUACGUACAACACUAAACUUGGCCCAGAUGCACAGCAACUGUGUAUUAUUGGGAAACACCUUUGUCCAAGGGAUAUACAUAUAUAUAGAGAUAGAUAUUUCUGUAUGUACAUAUGUAUGUAUACACAAGGUAUAAGCACUUCUGGCUUCAUUUUACUGCUCUUAAAACAAUGAAUGUUUGUGUGCAAAGCACAGUAUGUUAUAAGAUUGUUUGUUUCUUACUGCCAAGCGGGAGGCUACAUGUUCAAAAUUGAUACUUGUGCGAGAGAAACCUAAAGUACUGGUAUACACUUAGAAAGUGUCAAUGUAAAGUUGCAAGCAACUUUGGGCCCUUUCCACCAUUGCCCCUGCAAAUAUACAGAAAAAGGCAGUUGUGUUAGGAUUUCUGUUUGAAAUGCAGUCUUUGCCAAAAGAUUGGUGUCUCAACCACCACCCUCUAGCAUGACAACUCUUAAUGGGUUUGCGCAUCACCUGUAAAACCUAAUUUUCAGUGUCAACACCUAACCUGAAGGGUCCAACCCGUAGGGCAUAGGUAGAUAGUUGUUGUUUUUUUAAAUUUUUCGCUGUCAUAUUUAAAAGAAUGUUAACCUUACAACAUUUGUCUUUGGGUAGGGGGAGAUGAUAAGAGGGAAUGGGAGAAAUCUUUAGGCCCUGUUUACACUGAGUUUGAUAACCCUGAGCCUGAAGCUUCAGACUCUCAUAAGUUUGCUGAACCAAGACCCUGUUAGCUGCCUUCUGACGGGACAGGCUUCAAAAUACCUCUCACGGAAAGAAGCACUAACGUGGCUCCCCAACUUGUUAAGAGCACAAUCUGUUAAAAAAAAAAAAAA